AUGCCUGCCAACGGUUCUACUCGCCCCGCACUUCCUGCUGGCCACUUCCUCUUCACUUCCGAGUCUGUCGGUGAAGGCCAUCCUGACAAGAUUUGCGACCAGGUCUCCGACGCCAUUCUCGAUGCCUGCUUGGCAGAGGACCCAUCGUCGAAGGUUGCCUGUGAGACGGCGUCCAAGACGGGCAUGAUCAUGGUUUUCGGCGAAAUUACGACCAAGGCACAGGUCGACUUCCAGAAGGUCAUCCGCAACACGAUUAAGCAGAUUGGCUACGACGACUCGAGCAAGGGCUUCGACUACAAAACCUGCAACAUUCUCGUUGCCAUCGAGCAACAGUCGCCUGAUAUCGCUCAGGGCCUCGACCACGGCUCGCUGGAAGACCACGGUGCGGGUGACCAGGGAAUUAUGUUUGGCUACGCGACCGACGAGACCGAGGAGUUUAUGCCUCUGACGAUUAUGCUGGCCCAUAAACUCAACGCUGCCAUGGCCGUUGCUCGUCGCACGGGUGCUCUCCCAUGGCUACGCCCAGACUCCAAAACCCAAGUCACUGUCGAGUACAAGAAGGACGGCGGCGCAAUGAUUCCUCUUCGCGUUGACACUGUGGUCAUUUCGACACAACACGCUGAGGAGAUUUCAACUGAGGAUCUUCGCAAGGAGCUGCUGGAGAAAGUUGUCAAGAAGGUCAUCCCUGCCAACCUCCUCGACGAGCACACCAUCUACCACAUGCAACCUUCUGGUCGUUUCGUGAUUGGUGGACCGCAGGGUGACGCCGGAUUGACGGGCCGCAAAAUCAUCGUCGACACAUACGGAGGAUGGGGUGCUCACGGUGGAGGUGCUUUCUCGGGCAAAGAUUUUUCCAAAGUCGACCGUUCUGCUGCUUACACUGGCCGAUGGAUUGCCAAAUCUCUGGUUGCGGCUGGCCUUGCUCGCCGUGCUCUUGUUCAACUGUCGUAUGCUAUCGGUGUUGCUGAGCCGCUGUCUAUCUACGUCGAUACCUACGGCACUGGAAAGAAGACCGACGAGGAACUUGUUGCCAUCAUCCGCAAGAACUGGGAUCUGCGGCCCGGUGUCAUCGUCCAGCAACUCGACCUCACCAAACCCCAAUACCUCAAGACUGCGUCUUACGGACACUUUGGCAACCCCGACUACACCUGGGAGAAGCCCAAGGCUCUCAAGCUGUAA